AAAAAAGGGGGACGAAAACAACCGACUUUAGUAGAAACAGAAUGUGGGAUUUGGACACUAGGCUUUUGUGAGUGAGCAAAGUUUCUUUCUUCCUUCAGCGUGUGGAAGCUGGCUAGAUACCGAGAUCCCACGGCAUUUGUUGUUUGGCAUAGAAAUGUCUUAUAAUUUUAUAUAUUUCUAAAAAUCUUUGCACGGGUGUUUGUUGGGGAAAUUGUUCCGAAGCUGACACGAGGUGGUCUCAUAAUAUUCAAUGAUUUCUCGUUUUUUAUGCCUACAAUUUAUGUAAUUCUCUCUUGAAAUUGGGUUUUUGGUUGAGGAUUUCGGGUUUAGAUUAUUGGGUCUUACAGUUCAUAUUUAGUCAUCAAUACGCGUUUCGUGUCCGUGCGGAUAUUUUGCUCCUUCUUCUUCUUCUUCUUUGAAUUUUUGCUUACUGUCACAGUCAGAUCCGCAUCUGGUUUUGCGCGGGACGCGUCCCUGGACAUUCCAGCGGGUAAUUCGCCUACUUUUAAUUGUUCUGCUUGGAAUUCUUGUUCUCUGUUUGGCUGUUGUGAAAAGUGUGAACCCAUCUUAAAGUUUCUUCCUCCUUUUUGUCCAACCCAUGGUUGCUGUUCUAACAUUGAAGCUCCAUGGUUCUUAAAAAUGAAGGUACCAAGGUGGGCGAUACAGACAGAAUUUUAUAGCAUCAAGCUGGACAGAAUUCUUGUGAAAGAGACUUGAGUUCUGAGUUUCCGUGCGAAUUAGUGUUUAGUGUUUAUUGUGGAAGGAUUUUGCCUCCUCUGUCUCUUAUCCUGAUCAGGCAGGAUUAACAGUGUUUCAUGUACGGAGUUCUAACAUGCUUGUGAGAAAAAGAGCUUAGAGACUUCGAAUUAUUGGGUUUGAAAGAAGAUACUAGUGGGCUAGCCAUGGCCUCUGGUGAAGGGAGGCGGCAUCAUCAUGAUCUUGUGCCUCUCGCUGCGUUGUUAAGCAGGGAGAUGAAGACUGAGAAGAUGGAGAAGCCCACUGUGAGUUAUGGACAUGCUGCUCAGUCUAGGAAAGGCGAGGAUUACUUUCUAAUUAAGACUGAUUGUCAGCGAGUAGCUGGGAAUCCCUCAACAUCAUUUUCUGUAUUUGCGAUCUUUGAUGGACACAAUGGAAAUGCUGCGGCCAUUUUCAGCAGAGAGCAGUUGUUAAAUCAUGUGUUGAGUGCUGUUCCUCGAGGUCUGGGACGGGAUGAAUGGCUUCAAGCUUUACCUCGGGCCUUGGUAGCUGGGUUUGUGAAGACUGACAAGGAAUUUCAGAGCAGAGGAGAAACUUCCGGAACUACAGCCACAUUUGUGAUAGUUGAUAGAUGGACAGUCACUGUGGCAUCUGUUGGUGAUUCCCGUUGUAUAUUAGACACCCAAGGCGGAGCUGUUGCAAACUUAACUGUUGAUCACCGGCUUGAAGAGAAUAUUGAAGAGAGGGAACGUGUUACAGCUAGUGGAGGUGAAGUAGGGAGGCUGAGCAUUGUUGGUGGUGCAGAGAUUGGUCCCCUUCGUUGUUGGCCAGGCGGUUUGUGCCUUUCUAGGUCGAUAGGAGACAUGGAUGUUGGGGAGUUUAUAGUUCCAAUACCGUAUGUCAAACAAGUGAAGCUAUCAAAUGCUGGCGGGAGGCUUAUAAUCGCUUCUGAUGGCAUCUGGGACGCUUUAUCCUCAGACAUGGCUGCAAAAUCUUGCAGGGGUUUGCCAGCUGAACUUGCUGCUAGGCAGGUUGUCAAGGAAGCAUUAAGAACAAGAGGGUUAAAGGAUGACACAACUUGCAUAGUCGUUGACAUAAUUCCUCCUGAAAAUGUAAUGCCACCGCCACCUCCCCCAAAAAAAAAGAACAAGUUGAGGGCUCUGCUUUUCAGGAAGAAGUCUCGUGAUGCUGCUGGUAAGCUAUCAAAGAAGCUUUCGGCUAUAAAUAUAGUGGAGGAACUAUUUGAAGAAGGAUCAGCUAUGCUUGCUGAAAGAUUGGGGAAUGAUGAGAAUACAGGGCAAUCAACGUCAGGUCUCUUUAUCUGUGCUGUGUGCCAAGUUGAUCUUGCCCCAAGUGAAGGCAUCUCUGUUCAUGCUGGUUCAAUCUUCUCCACCAGCUCAAAGCCCUGGCAGGGCCCUUUUCUAUGCGCCGGCUGUCGUGAUAAGAAGGAUGCCAUGGAAGGGAAACGUCCUAGUGGAAUCAAAGUGUCAUAGGUUGCUUAACUGAUGAUUUCAUUAUCCCUAUUCUUUAUGCCGCCAUUAUUAUUCAUUUUUGUUUUUAUUUUUGUAGCAGCCAUAUUUGUUCAUUUAUCAAGUAAUUACCUGAUCAUCACUGUCAAGUGGCAACAGAAUGUGUAUCUAAUAUUGACAAAAUAAUGUAAGAUGGGCAUUGCGUUUUUAAUAUAGCAAAGGCUCAGGGAGAACCUGGUACUGAGUUUUCAGGCAUCAGCAAAUGGCUUUCAACUUUGUUUGAUUGGCAAAGCUGGAUGCUUGGAAUCAAUACUGGGUAUAUUCUUUUGCAUGGUGUU